AUGAGUCUUUUGAAGACUGGUAUUCUACUGGUUCUUGGUGUUGUCAUCGUGGCGGCGAAGUCGCGGUACGAUGUUCUGGUCCCGGAUUUUGAAGGUAAGGAAAUUUAUAUCGUCAAAACGAAAAGUUGACACGUCAGAACGUCUUAAUGUUCUUUUGAAUAUCAAUUUUUCUGGGAAGGUUUUUGUUGCUGUAAUUUAUUAGGGACUUUUCAACAGGCCGCGUUCGGAUUUUCUCCAACUUCGGCAUCGUGAGGGGCGUUGAAAUACGCUAAGAGCCUUGCCUAUACCUCAUAAAACUCAAAUCAAGAUUUGUCCCCGGUUUUCAUAAAGUCACUGUAUUGCAUCUUUGCGAAUUUGCCGAAAAACGCUAAAAAAUCAAUACUUUAGAACUGGCCAAAAACCGAACCGACAAGUAUUUUGAUGGGUUGGACAAGAAACAAAGGGAUUUACUGGUCGAACUCGUAAUGGCCGACGAAGCGAAGCCGACUCCAAAAGCCGUUGAGGCCACUCAAGAUCCGGCCGUGUUCAAGAAGGCCGUCAGACUGAGCGCUGAUUUGCUGUUGGAGCACAAAGUCGACCGAAAAUUGGUCGAAUUCAUCGUUGAGGUGGGUAAAAUACGCCCUGUCUUAGAUCGCUGUAAAAAUAAAAUUGGAAAGUUACAAAAAAUAGAAGUAAAAUUUUUGCUUAUAAUUUCAUUUCAGAUGUUGCACCAGACGAAUAACAACACCCAAUUUGCCGAUGAAGACGAGCAAAUUCAAAAUGAAUUGUAUGUCAUUGGAAAAAUCCUCGCAAAAUACGAUGUGCUUGGAGAGAAGGAGAAGAAAUUGGCGGAUCAGAUCUUCCCUGACUACGCAAACGCUAUGUAUCACGGUAAGAGGCUAUUAAAAACGCGGUAAAACUACAAAUUUCUAAAGCAUCAAAGCUCUCGUUAGUAUUUGAAGAAUUGUAAAAUACGCAUAUUUUCACCGACUUAUUUUUAUCUAAAAAUUUUUAACUAAUCUCACUUCAGUCCCUCAACUCCGUGAAUGGUCCAAGGCCCCAGAAAAACAUUCCAUCGCAUAUUUCCGAUUCAAAAACCAACUUCAAGGAUGA